UCACAGAAGCAGGAUUAUAGCCUUUCUAAUAAAAGAUGCCCAAUUUGUACUUUGAAACCACCCUGAAAGCAUUAUGAAAGUCCUGAUCAUAUUCAUACUAAGAAACAAAGCGUGAACAUUUAAGUGAGAAGAAACCACUAAUACUCCCCUAAUCCGAUCAUUUAUCCAAGCUGAGAAUGAUGAAUCUUUCCAAAUUUCUAACUCUCAAAGAAGGAAAGGGAUAUCAAAAACCAAGAGAAAGAAGCAAAACAACUCGAUAGCAGUUAGGAAUUCUCAUAAUAUAUCUUUCGAAGACGAGAAUCUAAGGAACUCCUUUAACGGAAAAGUUCGUGUAAGAACAGGUGCGAAUCAGUGGAAAAGCAUUGAGUCUAGUCCAAGAACAAAAGUGUUACAAUCCAAGAGAAAACAAGUGAUCAACCAGAAGAUAAUGAAGAAGAUUCUUGACUUCAAAGCGAUGAGGGUCCAGCAGGAACAAGAGCAGCUGCAGCAGCAAAGGCUUCUUGAAAAGGCAGAACGGAAGAAGUACAGGACUGAAGUCGAGAAGAGGAUGAAACGUAACCAGAAGCUUAAAUAAGCAACUACAAGAAUGGGAGAAACAGAAGGAGGAGAAGGAAAAGAGGGUUUUAGAGACACUUAAGAAGCAAGAAGAGAGGAAACAAGCCCAGACUAAGAGAGCUCAGGAGCUUAGAGCAAGCCAAUUGGAAAAAUUGCAGGAGUAUAGAGUCAGGAAGGACCAGAAGAGCCAGAGCCAGAUUAAUCCCAAGAAAUAUGAGAAAGAGAGGUUUUUGCAGGAGAUAUAUUUGAAACAGCUUAGGUUAAAGCAAGAGUUGAAAAAGUUGAGAAAAAGCCAGAAAGCAGGGAUCCCACGCUACGAUCUGAACACAAGUGAAUUAAUAAAACCUGUUAAAGCAAACAGCUCUAGGGAUGAUAUUAUUAAGGAAGAGCCUGAGAAUUCAACUCAUAAAUCAAAGUCACCAAGAGGGCUUAAUAAGUACUUAAGAAAGUACGGUCAAAACCAUAUUGAGGCAGUAUCUCAUCUGAACACCACAGUGUCUGCUUUGGGUAUUUAUAAUAAUCCCUUGCCGGUUCUGAAGAGGUUUUAUUCUUAAUUCAAUUCCAGUGCAAGUCCU